CUUGUGUUGAUGCGUUCAUGUUAAAAGCUACGACAUGUGCAAUUUGCCAUGGGUAGUAGUUACUGUAUCUACAUGGACGCUCCCGUGCCAAGCAGCGGAAACGCGCACUUGACUCGGUCGUGCAUGGGGUGCACAGGGGGCAGCUUGGACGUGCGCCGGCACUUUCACGGCAAACACCCGCCACAGUUUGAUGUCAAACACAUAGCAGACGUGGUUAUAUUCGACGCAGAGCAGCCCCGUGAUGACAGUCGACGCCUUGUCGAGGUAGUACACGUUCUUGUUCUUCCAAUUGUCCAUCGUGAACAAGUACUUGACAGAACUCGCGAACUGCAGCGACACGUCGUGCCUGUCGUUUUGCAGGUGUCGGUGACACUCGCGCUGGAACGCGUAGUACACGACGACGGACACGCCAACGAGCUGCCCGAACCGGACGUAGCUCCCGAUCACGACCCCGCCCGCGUCGCACCGAAGCAGAAAGUCCACGACGUCAAUGGCACACAGCGGUCGACGAUCACCGAGUGCGCAACGGGGCUGAACACGCUGAGAGCGAUGGCGACGACCCAAACAAUCAUGCCACGUGUGUUGCUUGGUCACGACGAUCACCACGUCACACAAAACGUACACAAACCACGUCGUUUCCCCGCUUAUCAACGCGCCCUCCGGCGACCAGCACGGCCGAUGGCACGGCCGAUGGAGGCCCUACGUUGCUCAGGGCUGACUCCAAGUACACAGCCCCGUUGCCCGCAUACUCGCGCACACACCUCACUUGCCGUCGCUCGCUGUGCGCCAUGGGAAACUGCUGCUUGAAGUCCACCCAGUACUACGCCGUCAUGAUCUCCGGCACGGCGCAGUAGCCCAUGCAUCGCAAGCCCCGGAUGGCCGUGGGCAGCGCGCUGGCGUCUUGGAGGUUGGCGUAGAGCGCGCUCGAGCUGAUCACGGUGCUGCUCGAGUUGUAUGGCAUCGAGUCGGCAAAGGCGAGGUAGUCCAGCGUGUCGUUCAAGCCUGACGGGUUCAAUAGCAGCUGCGUCGAAACCCAGCUACCGAGGAACCCGUACGCCCCCGUGGCGUUGAAUUCGGACCACCAAAAGUCGUUGGUCGUGUCGGCUUCGGUCGUCGAGAUGUACAGCACGCUGUCCGCGACGGAAAACACCAUGUACAGCAACCCCCCCACCGCAACCAAGCGGUCCGCCGGACGAAAGGACGACUUAGCCACCGGGGCUGCGGGGGUCGCGGGCGGCUCGUCGAAUGUCGGGGUCUCGAACAAACACGAGUACCACCGGUGGUGGGGCUGUGUGGUGUCGGUGGUUGGCUCCCACUACACCGAACACGACUUGAUGUCAAGCAAAAAGUGGCUCUGCGCCGUGUGAAACGUCAGCAGACCGCUCAUGAUGCACGUGAUGCGGUCAAAGCUACGUUGCUGCAUCGCCAACACGGCAAAGUAUACGCUAAAGGGCGUCGUGCUCACCGCGAACGGCUGCCAUGAUGACACAUGUCGUCAAAGCCAAACGCAUCGUGCACCAAGGGUGUCGGGUCCGCGGUUUCGCACAUGGGAUUCCCCCCUCGAAAGUCGUGGCCAGCCCACGCUUUGGGCAUGAUGUAGGUCGAUUGUGGUAGCGCGUGGUCCGCCAUAGCCGCGAGGGUGACGGGAUGUUGCUGCAAGCGGCGCAUCAAUUCUGCUUGAAAGUGCAGCACGACCCUCGCUAGAGACGGCGGCAGGGAUACCCAGAUGGCGUCGAUGGCGCCGUACGGACUGAUGUGGGCAGCCCACAGCAGCGACGACAUGGUCGGCUUGACGCCCGAGUUGGCCAAAAUCAAACUCUCUGUAACCGACCGCGACGUGCUGCGCACGAGCGAGAAGUUACGCAGCCGCACAUACGACAUGUCGCUGGCGAUCACAGCGUUCAACACGGUGGACUUGGAACGCCAUGCUUUUCACGGUGACGUCUUGGCGCGCCCGAACGCAUUGACGAUUGCGAUGCUCUCGUCCACGCCCGUGGCCCACCGGUUGUGCCAAUGAAGUUGCCACGUCAUGAGGUGCUAGGAUCGCCAAUACGCGGUCUCGGUCGCCACGUCCUCGAACGCAUGUUCCACCGACUUGAGCCUGGGUCGCGCCUGUUGGAAACUCCAGCAGCCCCCCAACGAUGGCCCCCGUGAACGAGCCAUUAAACCCACCAUAGAAGAAUCCCACUGAACGGAACGUUCCGCAAGAUGGCUUCCAAAUGCACAGCCGCGUAGGUCGUGUACGAGGCGGCACAUCGCGCUAGACGGACGGCGGUGCGGGCCAUCUGGAAGUGCUGGUCAAAGUCCAUCCAGCAGUAAUGCGUCGGCAGGCCCGUGUUGAGCUCGUUGGCGUGGAGGCCUUGGACGACAUCUUCCAAGUUGGUCGUCGUCGGCAGGACCAACAUGCGGGGGUACACGUGGACUCCACGGACGCCCCCGGACAACGGCCGACGACGACGCCAUGAGUGGGAUCGUAGACGACGCUUGGAGUCCCAAGUGCAGAUUGCACAGCCCCCCAGGAACAACUGCCCAGCUCAAUUGGUUGGCCAACGUCGGAAACAGCAGCAACACGUACACGACACUGAGCGCUACAGUCUCCAGCACAUACACGAAGCCAGCCACGGACUCGAGCCUCUGCAUCCCCGUCAUCUAGUCGUCACGACACGACGUGGUUGUGGCUGGACUGGUGCGGCUUGACGACCAACGAUAUUCGCACCAUUGGGGAGGUGGAACCUUUGGCGGACGGCGGGUCCUUCACUUCGGGGGCCACUUGGAUGGAAAAUCGGGCCAUGGUCUCAAGCUAAU